AUGGGUUGCGACGGAGGAACUAUUCCCAAGAGGCACGAACUGGUGAAAGGGCCCAAGAAGGUUGAGAAGGUUGACAAAGAUGCAGAGUUAGUGGCCCAGUGGAACUACUGCACUCUAAGUCAGGAAAUAUUGAGGCGGCCGAUAGUUGCCUGUGAGCUUGGCAGGCUCUAUAACAAAGAUGCCGUCAUUGAGUUUCUGCUGGACAAGUCUUCCGACAAGGCCCUUGUGAAGGCAGCGUCUCACAUUAAAAGCAUCAAGAAUGUGACGGAACUAAAGCUUUCUGAUAAUCCCGCCUGGGAAGGGGACAAAGGAAACACCAAAGGUGACAAACACGAUGACCUCCAGCGGGCGCGCUUCAUCUGCCCGGUCGUGGGCCUGGAGAUGAACGGGCGGCACAGGUUUUGCUUCCUGCGGGGCUGUGGCUGUGUUUUCUCUGAACGGGCCCUGAAGGAGAUAAAAGCGGAAGUCUGCCACACGUGUGGGGCUGCCUUCCAGGAAGAUGACGUCAUCGUGCUCAAUGGCACCAAGGAAGACGUGGAACGGCUGAAGACGCGGAUGGAGGAGAGAAGACAGAAAGCCAAGCUGGGCAAGAAAACAAAGAAACCCAAAGCGACAGAAACAGCCUCAAAGUCUGAUGUUCCUGAAGAACCCGCGGGGCCGUCCGACGUUAAGACGAGAAAGCCCGGGGAACCCAGCCUUGACUCUCGAGAGAAGAUAGGCAGCUCGGCGCCCAAGAGCACAGGUGGGUCUGCUGAGAACGGCCUGGAGAGCGGGACCCUGACGCUCCCAGGGCCAGGCUUACCCAAGAGAUCUAUCGCCGACAGCGAGGAGUCUGAGGCCUACAAGUCGCUCUUCACCACCCACAGCUCUGCCAAGCGCUCCAAGGAGGAGUCGGCCCACUGGGUCACCCACACCUCCUACUGCUUCUGA